CCGCGUCUCCGGGGAGAUGCGGUGACGGACCCCGCGGAGCGGCGCGCGCCUCCUCGAGCAUCCGGGACGCGGCGGCCGGGCCCCGCGGGCCGAGUGGAAAUAUGCGAGACUUGAUAGCUCAAGUGACUAGUAGGCUCCUCCAGUUCCCAGAAGUGACUAUUCAAGCCCUCGGAGAAGAUGAAAUAACAUUAGAGUCUGUGCUUCGUGGCAAGUUUGCUGCAGGGAAAAAUGGACUAGCUUGCUUGGCUUGUGGUCCACAACUUGAGGUGGUAAACUCUGUAACAGGAGAGCGGUUGUCUGCCUAUCGAUUCAGUGGAGUCAAUGAACAGUCUCCUGUAGUCUUAGCAGUGAAAGAGUUUUCUUGGCAGAAGAGAACUGGAUUGUUAAUAGGAUUGGAAGAAGCAGAAGGGAGUAUUCUAUGUCUUUAUGAUCUUGGUAUAUCAAGAGUUGUUAAAGCAGUUGUUCUUCCUGGAAGGGUAACUGCUAUAGAACCUAUAACCAAUCAUGGAGGAGCCAGCGCAAGCACUCAGCAUUUACACCCAAGUCUGCGAUGGCUUUUUGGUGUGGCAGCUGUUGUUACUGAUGUUGGACAAAUCCUUCUUAUUGACCUGUGUUUGGAUGAUUUAGGCAAUCAAAAUGAAGUAGAAGCAUCAGACCUUGAAGUUAUAACUGGCAUUCCAGCUGAGGUACCACACAUCAGAGAGAAUGUGAUGAGGGAAGGGCGCCAUCUGUGUUUCCAGUUGGUGAGCCCAUCUGGCAUAGCUGUUUCUGCUCUCAGUUACGUUUCCAGGACCAAUCAGCUGGCUGUGGGGUUUUCUGAUGGCUACCUAGCACUCUGGAAUAUGAAAAGCUUAAAAAGAGAAUAUUACACACAGUUGGAAGGUGGAAGGGUUCCUGUGUAUGCUGUGAUCUUUCAGGAACCUGAGAAUGAUCCUCGUAAUUGCUGUUACUUGUGGGCAGUUCAGUCCACACAAGAUAGUGAAGGGGAUAUUUUGAGUUUGCACCUUCUUCAGUUGGCUUUUGGUGAUAGAAAAUGUUUGGCAUCAGGACAAAUCUUAUAUGAGGGAUUAGAAUAUUGUGAAGAAAGAUACACGCUGGAUCUGGCGGGUGGCAUGUUUCCUCUGAGGGGACAGACUAGUAACACCAGGUUGUUGGGGUGCCAGAGCAUAGAGAAGUUCCGAUCGCAUGGCGAGAGAGAGGAAGGCAUGAAUGAAGCGCUAUCUCCUGACACCAGUGUUUCAGUCUUCACCUGGCAAGUGAAUAUAUAUGGACAGGGAAAACCUUCUGUCUAUCUGGGACUUUUCGACAUAAAUCGUUGGUAUCAUGCACAAAUGCCAGAUUCACUAAGGUCAGGAGAAUAUCUACAUAAUUGUUCUUAUUUUGCAUUGUGGUCACUGGAUGCUGUUGUAAGUAGAACUUCUCCACAUUACAUCUUGGAUAUAUUAGUGCAUGAGAGAAGUUUAAGUCGUGGAGUUCCUCCUGCAUAUCCACCUCCAGAGCAGUUUUUUAAUCCAAGUACUUUUAAUUUUGAUGCUACUUGUCUGUUGAACUCUGGAGUUAUCCAUAUCACUUGUACUGGCUUUCAGAAGGAGACUUUGACUUUUCUAAAGAAAUCAGGACCAUCUCUCAAUGAAGUCAUUCCUGAUGGUUACAAUCGUUGUCUUGUAGCUGGCCUUCUCUCACCAAGACUUAUUGAUGUGCAGCCUUCUAGUUUAAGUCAUGAAGAACAGCUAGAAGCUGUAUUGUCAGCAGCAGUUCACACAAGUUCCCUGGGACUUUUGACUGGUUGUAUCAGAAGGUGGAUAACAGAAGAACAACCAAAUUCUGCUGCUAAUUUGCGCUUUGUUCUUGAAUGGACAUGGAAUAAAGUGGCUGUCACAAAAGAGGAGUUUGACAGAUUAUGCACACCCUUGUUUGAUGGCUCCUGUCGCUUCAUCGACCCACAAACCAUCCAGUCCAUCCAGCAGUGCCAGUUGGUUUUAAGCAAUCUCAAUACUGUCUUCAGCUGCUUUACAUCAGAAGCUAAAGAGAUCACCUUGAGAGGAAUGGUGGACUUAAACAAUAAACAUCUGGUUACCCAGCUCAUCUGUCAAUAUGCACAAAUGGUUCUUUGGUUCUCUCACUCUGGACUUUUACCAGAAGGCUUAGAUGAUACUGUACAGCUGUCAAAGCUGUGCUACAACUACCCCAGCAUCCAGGGCUACUACACCAGCCGCCGGCACAAGUGGAAGAACUCCCCAAGAGGAAAGUGGAACCAUGAUUGCUUGAUGAUCGAUGGAUUGGUUUCUCAGUUAGGAGACCAAGUUGAGAAGUUGUGGAAACGGGAUGAAGGAGGCACAGGAAAAUAUCCUCCUGCUAGUCUGCAUGCGCUACUUGACAUAUAUUUAUUAGAGAAUGUCACUGAAGCCAGCAAACACUCUGUUACCAUUUAUUUGCUGCUUGAUAUUAUGUAUUCUUUUCCAAACAAAACGGAUACUCCCAUUGAAUCUUUUCCAACUGCCUUUGCCAUUUCUUGGGGCCAUGUUAAACUUAUUCAAGGAUUUUGGCUGAUAGAUCAUAAUGACUAUGAGAGUGGUUUAGAUCUUCUCUUUCAUCCAGUGACUGCAAAACCUGUGUCAUGGCAACAUGCAAGGAUUAUCCAAGCCUUCAUGAGUCAAGGAGAGCACAGACAGGCCCUUAGAUACAUUCAGACCAUGAAACCUGCCGUCUCCAAGGGUAGUGAUGUUGUUCUCCACCUCUCCGUUCUGCUUUUUAAUAAGUGCAUGGUCGAGGCCUGGAAUUUGCUGCGUCAACAUUCUAACAGACUGAAUGUAGAAGAAUUACUAAAGCAUGCGUAUGAAAUCUGUCAAGAAAUGGGCUUAAUGGAGGAUUUGCUGAAAUUACCAUUCACAGACACUGAACAGGAAUGUUUAGUGAAGUUUUUACAGUCCAGUGCCAAUGUUCAGAAUCAUGAAUUUCUUCUAGUUCACCAUUUGCAGCGUGCUAAUUAUAUCCCUGCCUUGAAGCUAAACCAGACUCUGAAGAUUAAUCUUAUGAAUGAUCGCGAUCCUCGUUUGAGAGAGAGAUCAGUGGCUCGAAAUUCUAUAUUAGAUCAGUACGGGAAAAUCCUUCCUAGAGUCCAGCGGAAAUUAGCCAUUGAGAGAGCUAAGCCUUACCAUGUGUCAACAUCAUCAGUUUUUCGAGAAGUUUCUAGACCUAAGCCAUUGUCAACAUUUCCAAAGAAAAGUGUAACAGGGACCGUGUUAACAAGAUCUACUUUCAUCAGUAAUGUGUUAUCUAAAAUUGGAGAGGUGUGGGCAAGCCAUGAACCUAGAAACAGCCCUUUGCUUCAUAGCAGUCCUAAAACAGAACAGGCAUCUCCUGCAAUAUAUUCCUUCCCUCAUCCAGAGCUGCCUGAAGCAUUUGUUGGAACACCAGUUUCAAAAACAUCACAGAAAAUUUCUAGAUUGCUGGAUUUGGUUGUUCAGCCUGUCCCCCAGCCUUCUCAGGGUUUGGAAUUUAUUCAGCAAAGUCCCACAAGAUCUCCUUUAUACCUGCUAUCCAGCUCAUUGCCAUUGAGUUCAAAGCUAAAACGAUCACAUCAGAAUACAUCCAGAUCUUCAGAAUUACUUUUACUUGAAACUCCUCUUGUGGUUAAGAAAGCAAAAACUUUAGCUAUGUCAGUUACUUCUGGAUUUGCUGAGUUUACUCCUCCGUCCAUCCUAAGGUCUGGUCUGCGAACGACACCUUUAGCAUCUCCAUCUCUGUCACCAGGAAGGUCUCUGUCUCCACCUUUGCGACUUAAAGAAACUAGAAUCUCAUUCAUGGAAGAAAGCAUGAACACAAAAUGGACUGCUGGAGCUUUCCAUAAAUGUGACUUUCCAGCAGAAACUGAAUGGCUAAAGAGCAAAGAUAAAAACACAUCCUUUUCUCUGAAUAUCCCUGCAAAGGAUGAGGAGGGAAUGGAUUCCGGAUCACAGAGUACACCCUCACAAGGUGUGGAGAAACUGGAUGUGAGCAAAGAAAACAGCAGUGUGUCAGCUAGAUCUGACCAGACGACCCUAGAGUAUCAGGAUGCCCCAUCACCCGGAGACCUGGACGAUAGUGUGUUCAUGUCCUCCAAGCCAGCCGACUCUUCCAGCGGACUGAUUACUAAUCAGACUGAGGACUGUGGUAAAGACGAGUCUGAAUCAGAAGUGAUUUCUUCAGAUGUGGAGAAACAAAUAGGCACUGUGGAAGAGGAGGCAAUUUCAGAAUUACAUAAUUUAAGUCCCAUUCAAGGAGUUGGAGCUUCUCUUGGUGUGUCAUCAGUCCAUGAAGGGAAAAUGCUUCCUUCAGUGUCCAAGAUACCAGUUUUGAAUGAAGGAUUAAUACCUGUUGAAACCUGCACCUCUACAGUUAGAGCAGACAGCAACAUAGCAGACAUUGCUAGUGGAAGUUCUGGGCUCUCCACUUCAGAAAGUCCUGUGGUCUCUGAGCAUAGGCCUGACCAGGAAACAGCACCUAAAGUAAAAGAUCAUGAAAUAGAAGCUGACGUACUAAAAGAAAGUAUUGACUUACCAGAAGAAAAGCCUCAGAUUUCUGAGAUUCCUCCAGAUUCUCAAGAAAUUCAUGUGGUUGGACAUGAUAAGUUUGCAGUUCAAAAUUCAGAAGACGAGUCUAGAAAUUUUUCAUUUCAAGAGUUAUAUCCCUCAGGAACACUUAAACUUCAAUAUAAUUUUGAUACUAUUGAGCAGCAGUUCUGUGACUUGCCUGAUAAUAAAGACCCUGGGGAGUGUGACCUUGCUGAAGUAGAUGGGGAACUUUUUGUGGCUCAGAGCAAUUUCACCUUGAUACUGGAAGGAGAAGAAGGAGAGGCAGAUGCAGGUGAUUCUGUGGCAGCACCUGAUCCGUUGCCUGCGGCAGCACACACCACCAAGAAAGAACACGUGAAUGAUGCGGAGGAUGAGGAUCAGGGUCAUGCCACAGUUGUGCCACCUGCCACAACCAGUGACCACAGAGCCCAGAAGCUGGAGACUCUACCAUAUGUCCCUGGACCAAUUAAAGCGGUGAUUGCGGAAAAUUUAUUAGAUGUAAUUAAAGAUACAAGAAGUAAAGAUGCAGUGGAACAGUCCAUUCAUGAAAACAUACCUUUGAUGCCCCAGAAGGUGACGCGUUCCAAGUCAGCCAAACCUACAUUGAAGACCGUUCAGGAAACAAGUCCGGUGGCUACAGAUGUCAGCCAGAGCGAUGACAUGAUUUCCUCCAGAACUCGCAUGAGGAGGCAACGUGUCCAGAGCCUGGAUCUCUCCUCAGAGCAGCAGUUGCCUGCACCUAUUGCUACUUCUAAGACUCCGGGACUGCCAGCUAAGAGGAAGACUCGAAAAUCAAGAGAAACUUCUGAGGCGGCCUCUGAACAUGCCUAUGCUGAUAUAACCAGACUGUCUCAGAGCCAGAAAACACCUCUGACUCCCAGCAGAGGGAGGAGGAAGAAAGAAGUUCUUCUGGAUACGCUAGAGAGCACUGGUGCUGGGGAGCCAGAGUCACACAUGGCUCCAGGUAGGGGGCCAAAAAGGUUAAGAUCUGAGAUGCCAGAACCUCCAACUGAAGAAACUUCUCUUAGAAAAGAAGCGAAGCUUUCAUAUCUUACAAAAGGAACACCUAGAAGAACAAAAAAGUCUAUAGAAAAUCAGCAUGGGGCUGAAAUUACAAAUGAUCUAACCGUUAGUAAACUACCAAGUCCUAGCAGAACUGUCAAAAAGUUGAGAAGAGCCACUUCAGAAGCCCCUCCGACCCCAGGAUGGGGGCAGGAUGGAGGGCACAGUGACCCGCAGCUACCCCUCCAGGGGAGACGGGCCAGAGAUGGAGGAGUCAGUAGGCUGAGUGUGCUAGAAGCUCCUGAACGUGACCCAUGCCCCCUGGCUCUCUCGGCAGAGCUUGAGGUGCCCCUCACACCUAGGAAACGUGGAAGACCCAGGAAAAUAAAUCCAUCGGAAGAUGCUGGGUCCAGAUCUGUUAAGGAAGAGGGAAGUUCUAAGAAGAGAGGUGUAGUUAAUGUUCGAAGAUCUACAAGAAACACCCCAGCUAGGCAUGAAAAUACUCAUGUUGCAAAAGCGGCUUUUGAAAACUCUGUUUCAGUGCCAAAUGAGGAAUUUGCAGUGGUAACAAGUUCUAGGAAGAGGAUCACAGAGGAGUCUGAAAAUCAAAGCCAGAAACAUCCAUUAGGCUCAGCAUCAGAAGACCACCAACACGGAGAGACACACCAAGAGCCACCUGAUGGAGGAAAAAGAUCACGUGUCAGCUCGGCUGUUAGUAAAUCUUCCCCAAAUACAAGGACUAGAUCUAGUAAGGCCCUUUUGUCAGACAUUGCUGAACCAAAACACGAGCCUUUAUUUACUCCUGUAGCAAAGGUUCCAAGGAAAGCAAAAGCUGAUGGAACGAAGACUCCCGCCCAGCUGCAGGAAUUAGUUUCUGAUUUUUCUUCUCAGUUUGCCUUCUCACCUCCUGCUUUGAGGACCAGGCGAAAAUACACCUCAAGUGCAUCUAAGAUUGUAAAUGAGCUGGAAGAUGACACUCAAUCAGUGGAAGUUGUAGAAGAGCAAAAAGUGAAGCGAGCCAGGACUAUGAAGAGAAAAGAGGCAAAUAGAAACAAGGAAAGAGGAAGGUCUUGGUCUCCUCCUCCAGUGGAAAUAAAGCUGCUUUCUCCCUUGGCCAGUCCAGCUGGGGAAGGAAAGAGCAAAGCAAGAAAGCCUGUGGACGUGUCCGGGAAAGCCCUCGGGAGGGGCAGAAAGAAGCCGGCUGCUUUUCCAAAGCAGAUUUUGCGCAGGAAAAUGCUCUAAGUUUUUCUAAGAUUUUAACGUACACCCAUUUAUAAAGGCCUCAGAAUUGUGUGGAUUAAAGUGAUCUAAUUUGGAAAAUAAUUUAUAUAAAUUAUUGUAAAUUUUUGUAAACAAAGUCUUCAAUAAGUAAAGUAACUCCAUAUGGAGUGUGAUUCUUUUAGUCUAGGCAUUUUUCUAUUUUAUAUUAAGACUUCAUACAUUUAUAUACUAUGUGAAUACAGCUUAUUGGAAUGUUUAAUAAACUACUGUAAAUUAUACAAUUUGUGUGUGUUAGAUUUUUGAGAUAAAAUUGUUUUAAUGAUUUUAUAUGCUAGUAGUCAUUUGUCCCAUUUUCUCUCUCUAUCACAAGUAUUAGACCAAUCUUAAAAUGAGGAUGAACUAUUGACCUAUUUUUUAAAGUUAUUUUAUAAUUUAUGCACUUUGAUUCUGUGAUUAAGAUUUCUAACCAUCAUGUAUUUUUAUUGGUUGGUUUUGCCUGUUACUAUGUUGACAUUGAAUUAUGGGCAUGUAAUUUUGACGCCUUUUUGUAGUUUCCCAAAUUUUGUGUAAUCUACCUCAAGAGUAAUGCAUUGUUUUUACUGUAAUGUUGACAUUUCUUAUUCAGUGAGCUUAAAGACUAUUUAUCUCUACGGUCUCUUAAGUCAGAGACUAAUUAUCCAGGUUAGAUUGACCGGUUCACUGCUUAUUAGCAAAAUCAUGACAGGAUUUGAGAAAUGUAAAAUAAAAUGUGUUGCGUGCCUAAAAAUCAGGAAGAGCAGUCUGGACAGAUUUUACAAGUCUUCCCAGGAAGGAAGUGACUCCCAAAGCAUGGGAAUUUUAAAUUGGCAGGUGGUCACAGAGUCAGGCUGAGACAGUUGCUUGCGGGGAGGUCCUGAUCCUUUGUGUGGGCUGUGGAAAUUCAUCAAUAAGUCAGUGUAAGUUAGAACAAGUAACUGAUAGUGUCUGAUGAAUGGACCGUUAAAUAAUGAAUCACCUAGACACAGCUGCUUGCAUCAGCUUUUCAGUGUGAAGCACAAGGCUCUGCUCUGCUCGCCUUGCAGCAUGGAGAGGGCGGGUGUGGGGAAGCAGCCGACGCCCAGUGACAUAAAGUGGCCAUGCGCGUGCGGCCCUUCGGUCAGGUCAGGUCAGUGGUGUCGCGUGUCGCCUCCUCGGAAGCAUCGCUGACUGCAAUUUUACUAACUUUUUUAAUGAUAGUCACAAAAUUUGUAUUUAAGCUGCUUGUCUUUUAUGGAAUAUUAAACUCUUAAAUGAAUUUGUUAAAUAACUGAUCUUAAACAUAUUGCACAGUUUCUAUUCCUUGGCACAAGUAGUACAAUAAAAAGAAAAUUGACA